CCCACGUGUCGGGCCUACGCGCACCGCUGACCCUCGAUCUUCACCUCCUCAGUAUGGGUGCAAGUCAGUCAACGAACGAAAGCAAUUAUCCACCCUCUCGUGCUCUUCACGUUCUCCGUGUCACACCCUCCUCUCCGGCCUUCCAAGCAUCUAUAGAACCUUUCUUCGACUUCAUCGUCGGCUUUGACGACCCUUCAAUAUCUUCUUCUUCUUCGUCCAAUCCCAAUAUAUUCAAUGCAUCAGAACUAGAGAAAAUCGUGGAAAGCCACGAAGGACGUGUCCUGAACUUGAUGGUUUGGAAUAGUAAAAACCAGGAAAUGCGAGUCGUACCCAUCGUUCCUUCCCGAGAAUGGUCGCAACCAUCGAGCCCACAAGAAGACACAACUCGUCAACCCUCGUUGUUAGGGCUUAGCAUGCGAAUGUGUGAACCCGAGUUCGCGCUGGACAACGUUUGGCAUGUUUUGGAUGUUUUGGAGGGAAGUCCGGCAGAAAGUGCGGGUCUUGUUCCGUACGGUGACUAUAUCACUGGCUGGUCUGGAGGCACGCUCAGUGCCGAGAAUGACUUCUAUGACCUCGUCGAAGCGCAUGUCGAUAAACCCCUGCGAGUCUACGUCUAUUCUCAUGAUUUUGAUGCUCUCAGGGAAGUCGUGUUGGUUCCUAAUCGUCACUGGGGCGGAGCGGGAUUGCUAGGCUGCGUUUUCGGCUACGGCCUUUUGCAUCGCAUACCGUCUCAAACUGGAGAUCGCACCGUUCCUCCCGAACUCGCAGAAGAAGAUCCCGAAGAAUAUGAAGAACAACAGCUAUUCGUUCCGGCCGACCUUCAUGGUAACGAUCCUAUAAACGGGGACUACAACCCAAACCAGCUAGCCGAAUGGCGUCGGCAGCAAGAGCAGGAGGAACAGUGGCAUCGGGAGUCUCAAGAAGCGCAAUCUAUAUAUGAAGCAAAUGCGCAUUCAUCAUUCUCGUCGAUCAUGGAGAAUGAAGAAGACGAAGACGAAACCGAAGGAACAACGCCAGUAGAUGAGAAGACAUACAGUGGGCACUUAGAGUCUCACAAUCAUGAAAUAACUCAGAGGCCAUCUUUUCAAACACCACCUCCUAGACUAUCGUCGAUAAAAGGGGUUUCGCAAACUUUUCUGGGUACUUGAUACUGGGUAUACAUCAUAGUUCGUUCCACUAAUUCGACGUUGUUUUUGUUUGUUCUUCCCCCCUGUUAAGGUUCUGGUUUACGUUCGCCAUCUCUAUCGAGUUUGAAUGCAUCUCUUAGACCAUCGCCUGUUUUCUCCAGGAUAGGCUCUUUUUCGACUACUCCUACGAGGAGAACAAGCACGCCACGACCUACAGAUGUAAUAGACAACGAGAGCGCGUCGGAUGCUGAUGUUGAUGAGAGUGAAGACGGGAGUGCUAGUGUGGGCGCAAAAUCGUUGGGGAGUCUUACUAGCGUUGAAUAGAUUUUUAGUAAAGGCACAAACUCGGAUAAAUCCGCAAUGCAGUGCCAGUAGGCGCC